AUGAAGCUCUUCGCCCUCCUCCCCGUGGCCUUCUGCCUCGCUGCCAACGCUCUCCCAGGCAAGCACGCCUCGCACGCCUCCACGGCCAAGACCAUCAAGAAGAACCUCGCCACCAACAACCUCACUCCCUCCGACCCCAUCAGCGACCUCCUCAACGCCUUCGACCUCAGCGGCUCCAGCGAGAUCAGCGGGCUCAUCGACGGCCUCACCGGCGGCUCCUCGAGCGUGCUCUCCGAGGUCGAAUCCAUUAUCGAAGGUGUCUUGGGUGAACUGGGGUUGUUGGGCGGCCUCCUCGGCGGCCUUGGUGGCUCGGAGUCGGGCAACUUGACUGCGACCAUCGACCAGAUCGAGUCGGAGCUGGGUCUUAAUGCCAACAGCACCAUCUCCUCUUUGUUGUCGGGCCUUCAACUCCCGUAA